AAGGACUCUCCUGAUGGAAGCGGCACUUAACCCUGUGGCCCCGACACAGAGCGCCGGCCCCGCUCCAGCACCGGACCGCGCCAGCUCCGGAAAGACGCCCCGGCACCGACCUUCCCCGGCACCGGGACUCGAUGCAAGGCCCUCGACGUCUGCCACUCCAACCUCGCAGACUCAAGCGGAGCGCCCGGCACCUACCUCUGCCGCGGCUUCGCCGCCAGGGGUUCCGUCGACUCCGGGCCCCGGAGGUCCGUCGAGUCUGGUCCCUCAUAGCUCCCCUAUAAGAUCCAGGGUUGAGCUGUUGGUCCCUUGGACGCCCGAGACAUUCGCUUCGGCACGGGACCUAAUUGCUCUGACUGAGCCCACGCUGCCUCAACCCCCGGUGCCUCUGGUGCGGGUUCUAUCUAGAGGCAAGCCUGCGACCAUGCGAGCGCCGUCUCCGGGCUCGCCCAGCCGGCACCGAUCCCCAUCGAGGUCCCGGCACCAUGGACGUUCUCGCUCCAGGCGCCGCUCGCAGUCCCGGCACUGCUCCCCACGGCGGUACCGGUCGUACUUGCAGCGCCGGUCAUCUUCCAGGCGGUCUCGCUACUCCCAGCACCGGUCUGGAUUGAGUCGCUGCUACCGGCAACGAGACUCGAGAAGCCGUUCUCGUCGGCGGUCAGCAUCCCGGUCGACCUCCCAGCACCGAGCCGGCGGCAGGUCCCGGUCCCAAUCCCGGCACCGGUACGAUUCUCGGUACUGGUCCCUGGCACCGAGGAGCUCUUCGACGUCGAGGCCGAGGGAGCCCUAUCAGCCCCGUUCGGCCCCACCAUGGCCGUCCCAGCAGCCGUCUGUCUCAUCACAGGCAGACAGCAUGUACGCUCUGGACAUGGAUAGGCCUGCUGCCCUCUUCCAAGACUUCCCCCCCCCCGCAGGAACAGGGACCCACAACAGUGGGGCUUCUGGACACCCUGGGAGUACCAUCAAGCCCAGAGCUCUCAGCACAUUUUACCACGACCAGCGACAUCUGAGCGCCGGGCUCCGGAGACCUCGUUGUCUCGCCCUCCCCCUUCUCCGACGGGGGAAGACCGGUCUAACUAGCAGUACCCUGAGCUCCCUCCAGGAUCAGAGGCAUUGGUAAAGACAGAGC